AUGCCAAAUAUUUCCCCUGAGCCCGAGGCGCUCAUUUCUUGCGCAUCCCAUCGUCCACGCCACCUCCUCGAAGCCAUGAUCAUAAUACCAGACGCAGAAAAGCCUAAAACCCCAACCCUGGCUGAACGAGUCUCCUCGCUCGGCAUCCUUGAUCGUCUCCCACCCGAAAUUCUAUACAUGCUCCUAGGCAGGCUUGACAUCCAGUCAAUUACAAGUUUCGUUCGCGUUUCUUUCCGAGGGAAUUCAUACAUCGAAUCACUGCGGGCGUACCGAGAUCUGGUCGCUUUUGCUCCGCAGACGCUUAUGGCGUUAGGCAAAACCGGCUUGCUCAAUCUACAUUCUGUCACCGAGCUCCAUGCUGCCUUACGACAAGAACGGUGCGCCUCUUGCGUCGAAUAUGGUGCCUUUCUCUUUCUUCCUACCUGCGAGAGAUGCUGCUGGGAGUGUCUUCGUCACAAUCCAUUAUUACGAGUGCUUCCGUCAAAAGAAGCAAAAAGAUAUUUUGGUCUUUCAGAGCGGCAUAUCCGACAACUACCCACCAUUUCCGUUAUUCCUGGCAACUAUGGCAUUUCCCGCACCCCCUCUCCAAGGUCUUGCAGGCUCGUGAGUGUAAAGGCAGCGAAGGAACUUGGACUGAUGGUGCAUGGAUCUGCAGAUCAAUUAUCGCAGGUUAUGAUGACGAAAUGUAAGUCUGGAGGACUGCGCGUUGAUGGUCGCUUCCUUCAGGGCGACCCAGUGACCUCCCAAAACCAGGAUCGACUGCUACUGCCAAGUCAGGGCAAUAUUCCCACUGACAAAUUCUUCGGCAUGGCUUCUAUUCCAUUUCCUUCACUAUCGGCUUCGGGCAGGCUCGAGAAUGGGAUAAUCCAUGACGAUGGACAUUAUCGGUUGCGCACUGGCCGGGGAGUCCGCUACCUGAGGAUCCCCAUCGGCACAUUCGACGAUGAUACCAUGUGUCGACCAUAUCUCCUCAUUACCAGGCUUCCGGAGCUUCCUGACUCGCCGUGGACCGCCAUGACCAUCUCGCAGGACGAGAAUGGCUCUCUCACGUCUGUUAUCUCCAUGAACCCGUUGCCCGAGAUCCGCACAGAAUGGCAUGAACAGCACGUCGACGUCUUGACCCUGAAGAGCACGAGGCGUUUUCGAUCUGGAGUUCAUGAGGUCCGAUAUAAUGAUGUACCUACCAUCGCCAAGAUCGCUUGUUUUGAAUGGGAGAUGCGCAGAAUUGAACGUGAAAUGUGGGCGUAUUCACUGCUGGAAGACCAUCAUAACCAACACCCAAACAAGUCACCCAUUGUACCCAAGUUCCUCGCUCAUCUGACUGAUAAUGGCAGGACCAUGGGCCUUCUCCUGGAAAAAGUGAAGGGGAGUCAGCUUGCGCCGACGAUUUGGAGCGCUGCGAAACCCUACUUCGCCGGCUUCAUCGUGACCUUGGGAUGGUCCAUGGGGACGUGA